GAACACACGGUCUUUGAAGCGGAGGUGGUCGGGACGAUUCUCGCAUUGGACAUCGCCCGAGAGGUCAAGCGUAUGCGGCGCGUUGUCAUCCUGCUCGAUAAUCAGGCCGUUAUCCGCGCGGAGCCGAAGUGGCGACCCCAGCCGGGCAAAUACCUGGUCAGUGCCUUCCACCAAUCCCUUGUCCAGGUUCUCCGCCAAAAGCCGCACCUUGACAUGCACAUCGCAUGGAUCCCGGGUCAUAUGGAUGUCCCAGGCAACGAGUGGGCGGACGAAGAAGCCAAGGCGGCGGCGGCGGGGUCCACUACUCAACUCCGUCAUCCACCUGCGGCGCUCAAGGCUACAUUACCCGUCAGCGCGGCAGCGCUGAAGGCGGCGCAGAAG